UGAUCGUGAUCGUGAUCAUGAUCGCAAACCGUCUCGCACCGAUUCUCACCCUCGUCCUCGUGGUUCUGCUGUCGUCCAUCCAUCACGGUGAGGCAAUAAUAUGCUACCAAUGCAACAGCGAAUACGACCCAAGAUGUGGAGAUCCUUUCGAUCCGUUCAGUCUUGGAACCGUGAACUGCAGCUUCCAGCCACCUUUGGAACAUCUGAGCCGCUUGCAACCCACUUUGUGUCGGAAAAUCAGUCAGAAAGUGUACGGCAAGAUCAGGGUUGUCAGAGGUUGCGGAUACAUUACGGACGAGAGAGACAAUGCCCAAUGCUUGAAAAGAUCAGGCACCCACGACGUUCAAGCACUCUACUGUUCCUGCACCGGUGAUCUAUGCAACUCGGCUGAAAGCCGCACGCCGUCCUUCUUACUGCCGUUAACGUCCCUGUUGACGGUCGUUUUGGCAAUGCCGAGUGUGCUUCUUUCGUACCCGAUCGCAGUAUCCAUCUUUACCUCGCCACACUUCUCCAUAGCCUAAACUCUUCAGCAACCAGCGAAGAACACAUAACGCCUAAACCGAACCAACGAUUUAAUAGAGAUCGUUCGAACCUGGCCCAACUCGUUCCUUUUCGAUUUCCGCCUUAUUUUAAACGUACAGAUCAAACGGCGACCUUCGACCUCGCGAUGAACAUUAAUCUUUUUUCAUUCUGAAUCUUUCUUACUUUUGUUUAAAUGAAUUCUUUAACGAAAGAAAUUCCAAAUUAUUGUAACACGUGAAUCGGCGGGAAACGAGAUUGUUAACGAGUUGAUUGAAAUUACGGCUAUUGUCACUUGUUAUUUUUAAAACGAGACGCUUGAUCAAAAGGGUAAGAAAACACAAAGAUAUACCGUUUUGGGAUUCGAACGUUUCGCAAAAAUAGUCAAAUUACAAAACAGUAGUUCUAACGGUGAUACAAACUGCCAGAUACGCGAGAGCGUACUUCAGUAGUACACUUCAAGAAGAAUUAAUAAUGAGAACACACACACACACACGGCCUCCGCGCGUGAAACCAUCCAGCGUUUCUCGCAUAAGCGUAGAAAGUAAAAAAUAAUUACGUGGAGGAGAAACUAACCUCGAGGAUGCAUAUAAUAUAUUAUAGAUAUAUGAAGUAGCGGUAUUGCGAUGUGUUCGCACUUUGUACGCUGCUGCAAAACAAAUGAUAUACAGGGUGUUUCCAAUUUGAUGGUUCAACCAAAACGGCUGCGCAUCUAUGGGGAAAAAUAAGUUGAAAAUGUAGAGUGACAUCUUUUCGUACGAGGCUUCGUUUACGAAUAAAUCGAUGUUGAAAAAUCUUUAUAUUUUCGAUUUGCUUUUUCACGCAGAUUUAGACUGAUUUUGGUUGAACUACCAAACCGGGAGAGCCUUGUAUAUAUAUACACAUGUAUAUAUCUAUACAGAUAUAGACAUAUAUCUAAACAGAUAUAGAUAUAUAUCUAUAUGUAUAUUAUAUUUACAGAUAUAUAUAUUAUAUUUUAUUGGAAGGAAGCAGAAAUGGAAUUGCACGCAAGAGGGAUACUACAGCUUAUUUUUUAGAGAAGUAACGUCGGGUUGCUUUCGUGGAUGCCUGGUGUUGUACAGAAUUUUAAUGCUGACGCGGGAAUUAAAGAAGAAUAUAUGAAACACAUAUCAUCGAUACGUAAUAUAUUUUACCCCUCGUUUCGAUGAAAAUGAAUAAGUAUCCGGCAUUACGAUUGCGACUCGUGUUCCGCUGAUUUUUGCAAUAAAAUGCUGUAUAAGCGGUAGCGGAGGCUCGCGAAUGGAAUACAAUUGACUCGUGCAUGUGUGUGUGUAUGUAUGAUACGAGUGCGUAUGCACACGAUUGCGUGGUUGUUGCGUGUACGAGUGUGAAAGAGAAACAAGAAACGCUAAAUUAUACAGAUAGUUCGAUUAAGAAACGAAAUGUUGCUAUUAAGAUGAAACUUGUUAAAAGUUUUCAGUCGUGGAUCGUACACUUGAGGAUUUUUGUUCAUCAGGAUCUUAUAAGAAUACGGUUCACGCUUGGGAACUUUUGGUAAGUAUCAUCUUAACAAUCCUGGCCGUAAAGCCUCAAGAAUCUUAUGUUGCUACUUGUUGAACCGUAGCCAACUAAAGAAAACAGUAAAAACACGAAUUACAAAAAAUAACAAAAAAAAGAGUCGUAAAUGAAAUCGUAACGAUGUAGAAUCGUUGAUGGAGAAACGUAGAGGGUAAAGUAGAACGCUUACUAACAAGACAAAAAAAAAUAAGGCGAAUACAUGUCUCACCGCAGUACCUAAUUUAAUUGCUGCUGCCGCUGUUGUCACCGUGUCAUGUCAUCACCAUCGUUACAACAUCAUUGCAGCUGCUACUGUCAUAAUUGUCAGUUAUAGGCUGAUAUAGGUUGCGUGUUUUUUCGAAAGAGUUGAAGUUGACACCAAAGGAUAGAGAUAAUUCAGUGGUGAUUCUCCUGUACCCACACAUCACAAAUGGUGGGGAGAAAGAGGCUGUGGAAAGGGUAAGGGCACCGCACGCAUGCGUGUCCCCCCACCUACUCGCGUAUUAGGCCACGCCUAUUCAAUCAUGGCGCCCCUCUAAAAGCGCGUCGGUUUCCUGUUCAAACUGUUUUCGCGCACAGAACGCAUGUGUGUACAAUGUGUACAGUAAGCACAUGUGAUUAGAGAAAUGUUCAGGAGGCUGCCAUAAGCCUCCUUUAAAAGAUGUAGUCAAAUCUUCAUAUAUUGAUAACGACGAAUGAUAGAGAGGAUGCUUAGGAGAGACAACUUUGGAUAUGCCUGUAUUAAACAGAGAGGAAACGACCACGAUUAUUACUCUCUCUCAUGUGUGUCAACUUUAACCCUCUCACGGAACGCACAAUCUAUAUGUAAGUCCUGCUAUCAGAAGUACGAUUACUCAGAUGUUACUACAACUAAUGUUACUGAAUCAACAUAAUUAUUAUUGUCAUCAUUGUUAAUAUUUUUAUUGUUAUUAUUAUUUGAUCGUGAUAAAAUGCAUGAUGGAACGAUGGUAAACGUUUUGACAUCGUAUGGAGUGGAAGAGUAAUGGAUCAAGAUGAUUAAUAUCAACAUAAACUUGAGAUAAUUUGGCCAUCUAAAAUCCAUUUCUGUUUUAACUGCGGGGGAGCACGCGAAGUUUGUAAUCUCUGAAAUUACUGAUUCGCAUCCUUUCGGUACACGUUCUGUUAAAAGUUCUAUGUGUCGCAAUUUUUACCGUAUAUAAUUCUUAUAAUUAGGGAUGUGCGUGUAAUUUGAUUCAUCGGUUUGAAAUCUGAGAGCUUAAUACUUUCGGACUUCCGAUCUUGUCCGACAUUUUCCGAUUCAAUCCGAACCCAUUAUUCCGAUUACCCGCACAUUUCUACUAACUUCAAAUAUGCCUAUAUUGAAUUUCUUUCUUCACUCCAUCCAACGUAGCAGCAGGAAUUUCCGUUGAAACCAAAAAGUGAGAAACAAAUAAAUCGAAUAAGGAACGAAAAUAAUAGAGACGACAAAUAUUUCGUUACAUUCCACUCAAUUAAUUUAGUUAGUUGGUCGCUUUAGAUUUCGAGAAAUUAAUAUUUGAAAAUAGCGAUGUUUUACUUCUUUAUUUUUGCUUAAAACACGAACAUAUAACUGUGUGUAUAGUUAUUCGUCUGUAAGGUAACUUUUAAAACAUCCGAUUCAAAAAAUAGAAUUAUUGUCUCGAGUUAUGCUAUAUUUUUUAUUUGCAUGAUGUACAUAAAAUUAGUUCAAAACGAUGACGAGAUCAGAGCUGUCCCUAGAGUUUGUGGACUCUUGAGCUAAAAUCGAUGUUACAGAGAAAUAAUGAUAUAAUGUUUUUAAUAAAACUGUAAAGUAUCUAACAAAAAUAAUUUCCGUUAUAUGUAUAAUACAUAACAAAGUAUUUUAUAUAAUAUAUUAACAUCUAAUAUAAGAAUAUAGUUUGAAACGACUUUAAAACACGAAAAAUUAUGGUCAUAUAUUUUUAAAAGUAUCUUCGAAAAUUUAAAUCGGCUCGAUGUGCAAUACUAGGAACGGCUCUGAACGAAAUAUACACAUGUAUCUACUUACGUCUAUAGCAUGGAUGUUUCAAGUUAAAGUCGGGUUAAGUAAAGUCGAAUAGAUUGAAAUUCGACUAUUUCGAAUGAAAUAUGAGAAAAUCGAAUGGGUUGUAACGAAUUCUCGCAAUGUUCAAUUCGAUAUUCAAAAAUAACGAUAUCCAGUUGUCUUCCAAAUUCGAAAAUUUGUAAAUUUGAUUCUCAACAUUUGUUUUGAUUCGAUUCGAGAUUCGAGCCAACCUCAUUUUCUCGGGCUUUCUUCGAUUUAACUCGACGCAUUGGAUUAUCGACAGAUCCUUGAUCUAUAGGCAGGUACCAUCGAAAUAUUUUUUCGUUGAUAUGCUUCCAAAUAAAUGUAAUUAUAAUUUAUAAUGAUCAUAGAAACUAUGACGCCUGAAGAAUAAAGAAAAACAAUACCGAUACAUUUUCGAUCUCUUCUUCCUUCUAACGUGCAACUUGGUUAAAGAAUGUUGCGCCCCCAAGACGAAGUGGAAUGUAACGAAACUACUUCUGCGUGUACCCGUUUCAAAUUUGUAAGAAGUGAAAUCCGCUUCGUACAUAUCAUUCGUCCAUAAUCAUCCGUCACAUUUUAAUUGAAUAAAACUACUGGCAUCACUGCCCUCCCUGUUCAAGCAUAUCGAGAAAAGAACAAAGAAUGUCAUCGACAUAUAAUUGCAUUUAAUUGACAAUUUAUCCCAGGUAUCAAGAGAUUACUUCAAAUUUGUUCUGUUUUAUUAUAUUUAUUGUCAUCUAAUGUUAAUAUUGCAUUGUACACAUCGAUCACUAUGUACAGAGAAUAUUCUGCCAAUAAAGUGUUGAAUGGUUACAAAAAAUCAAACAGAAAAAAAAUCAAAAUGGAACUCCAUAUACAUUAGGGACUCUCAAUUAUUUUUUAUGAAAUUCUGAUAAUAUUGAUUUGUCGUCGUCUAGAUAGUAAUUUAAAUAAAAUAAUGUCAAAAGAAAAAGAUUUCAAUUUAGAUUGAUCCUAUAGAUAUUAUAAUUAUACAGGUAAAGUACAUUGUUCCCUCAAUGUUAUAUCAAAGCUAUACUACAAUUUAGUUUGUUAUUUAAUGAUUUUGAUGUUAGUGAACAUAAAUAAAUGCUGUUUUUUUUUAGAUAUAUCAGUGAUUCAUAUAACCUUCAUCUAUAAUUAAUUCAGUACAACGGAAAUGAUUAUGCGCGUGAUGCGUUCAUUAGUAAUGUGUUCCAGGAUGUACACAAUAAUAUAAAAUAAUGCGUUCAUGAUAAAUGAUACUUAAUAAUGAUUGCAAAAUAACAAAGGUAAGAAAUGGAUUUAUAAAUGCCACAAAUACUAUG